AUGCGGCCACAACGCGAAUACCAUAUUGUUGUUUUGGGUGCUGCCCAAUUCGUUCAAAAUGUCUGGAUCGAAAGCUACGACCCGACGAUCGAGGAUUCAUACAGGAAACAGAUUGAAGUGGAUGGCCGACAAUGUAUACUGGAGAUUCUUGAUACCGCAGGAACAGAACAAUUCACCGCAAUGAGAGAGCUCUACAUGAAACAGGGCCAAGGAUUCCUCCUCGUCUUCUCCAUCACCAGCAUGUCCUCCCUAAACGAACUAUCGGAGCUCCGCGAACAAAUCAUCCGAAUCAAAGACGACGAAAACGUUCCAAUCGUGAUCGUGGGCAACAAAUCCGAUCUUGAAGAAGACCGCGCCGUACCGCGCGCACGCGCCUUCGGCCUAUCCCAAAACUGGGGUAAUGCGCCAUACUACGAGACCUCUGCGCGCCGCCGCGCAAACGUCAACGAAGUUUUCGUCGACCUGUGCCGCCAGAUCAUCCGCAAAGACUCCGAAGCCUCAAAAGGCAGCAGCGAUCCCAAUCGCAAGCGUGAGGGCCCGAACCGCCACGACCGGAAGAGAGAUAACCGCAAGCCGAAGAACCGCCGCGGCCCAUGUGUCAUUCUCUGA